AUGAAGAUUCUUGAAGAUCGUCAUUUGCAAAAUUAUAAAUUUAUUUUAACUUUUCUUGGACAGUGGCCUUAUCAAUCGCUAUUUCAACAAAAAUGUAUUCGAUGUGUUAUCAUACUUAAUGUUUUUAGCAUUCUUAUACCAAAGAUGAAAACUUUGCUAUAUCUCAUUGAAGAAAAUGGAGACAAUAUACGUACAGAAAAAGAUAUUAAGAUAAUGCAAAAUUUUCUAGAACAAGGACGAGUUACUACAAAAAUUUAUUUAUCAAAAUGGUAUGAGUUCCCUCCACGUCUACAACGGCUUCUUAUUCCAAUAAUGAUGAGGAGUAUUAAACCUUGUCAAAUCACUGCUGGCAAAUUUGCUGUAAUGUCCAUGGACACUUUCAGUAUUACGAUUAAAUUUGUUAACUCUACGGAUAAUCUUGAUAUUUUUUUUGAAUGCAUUCCUAUGCUCUGUCUUCACUAUGGAGCGCUUUUUAAGUACAUGGUUUGGGUACUCAAUUUUGAUAAGAUUAAACAAUUAUUUGAUCACAUGAAAGAAGAUGGAAAGUUUUUAACAUUAACAAAAGACAUUAGCAUAAUGCAAAGUUACAUCGGGCGUGCGUAUUCAAUUACAACAACAUACACAACAAUCAUGUUUUCAAUCCUGAUAAUAUAUCUAUCAUCACCGGCAGUACCAAAAAUUCUGGAUAUAAUAAUGCCACUAAAAAAUGGAACCAGAAAUCUGAUAUAUUUAUAUCAAACUGAGUAUUUUGUUGAUCCUGAUGAAUACUACGUACAUAUUUUAAUUCAUUCAUACAUGACAGUUCCAUUUACGGUGGGGAUUCUCGUGUUUUUUGACAAUUUACUCGCAACUUAUAUCCAGCAUGUCUGCGGAAUGUUUAUGAUUUUAAGGCCAUUUAGAACAUAUUUAGAAACGCUACACCUAAGUUUGGGAAGUGAAGAAACACCAACUGAAAUUGACAAAAAUAAUGUUUACAAUCGAAUUGUUCAAUGCAUUUUUAUUCAUAGAAGUGCUAUUACAUUUGCAAAUACUUUGGAAUCAUGGUGCACAAGAGCUUACAUGGCAAUAUUAAUGAUCAACCUCUUCGUAAUUACUCUUACUGGCAUGGUGACAUUAAUGAAGUUGGAUGAAUUUAAUGAAGCAUUCAAGUUUGGAACAUUUACUGUAGGCUCAAUUUUCCAUCUUUAUUAUACUUGCUGUCAAGGAGAAGAGCUGAUAGAGCAUAGUGAAGCAAUAUUCGUUGCAUCCUAUACAUCAGAAUGGUAUCGGAUACCUCGAGAGCUUCAGAAGUUGUUAAUACCAAUAAUGUUGAGAAGUAUGACUUCAUGUAAAAUCACUGCAGGCAAUAUUGCAGCUAUAUCAAUGGAAACUUUCAGUUUAGUUUUGAGAAAUUCCAUGUCAUUUUUUGCUGUUCUAUCAUCAUGUCGAUGAGCUUGAACAUCACACAUACUUGCUAAAAAACUGAUACAUAUUUUUGUGAAAAAUUACAACUGUUGA